UUUUUUCCCCAAUUUUUUUUCUCUAUAUUUUUUUUCUUUUUAACUAUUUUUGGCCGAAGGGGGAAAACCCCGGCGCCGGGCAGCACCCACACCCCGCGACCUCGUACGGUGGAGCGGCCGCGGGGUUGCCCCGGGCUCCCCCCGGCCGCCGCCGCCGCCGCUCCCCGCCCGGCCCGGCGUUGGCAGCCGAUGUAGGGCACGGCGCGGCGCGCCCGAGCCCCAGCGCCGCCACGGGAGCGGCCCCCGCGGCGCCGUCUAUGCCCGCGCCGCCCCGCCGCCCCCCCCAUGGUGCGCUCCGAGAGCCGCUGGGCAGCGCCGCGGGGACUCCGGGCUGCGCCGGGGCUGCCAUGAGAUAGAGCCGGCGGCGGAGCGAGGAGCCCCGCGGAGGAGGGCGCGGGGCGGGGGGGAAGCGGCGGAGAGCGACGCGACCCCCCGGCCGCCCGCGGGUCGUAUGUUCAGGUCCAAACGCUCAGGGCUGGUGCGGCGACUUUGGAGGAGCCGCGUCAUUCCGGACAGGGACGGCGGAGAUGGGAGCGCCAGGAGCUCGGGCCACCACGACCUCGGAGCCGGCGGGAGCUGCAAGAUCGCGGAGAGGAGCCCCUCGGUAGCGCGCUCGCUGCUGCUGCGGGAGGCGGAGGAGCGGGGCGAGGCGGCGCCGCGCGGGGGGGACCCCAUGGCGGAGCGGCGCGGGGCCCGGCUCCGCAACCCCGCCGGGGCCCCGGAGAGCGACGGCCGGACCGUGACCUGCUGCCUGUUCUCGGAGCGAGAGCCGGGCGGCCCCCAGCCACCCCCCGCCGCCGCCGCCGCCCCCUCCGGCCCCGACGGCGCGGCCGACGGCGGCUCCCCGGAGCGGCGAGGCCGGGAGGCGCGGGCGCGGCUCCUGCUGCUGGAGCAGGAGCUGAAGGCCGUCACCUACUCGCUGCUGAAGCGGCUGAAGGAGCGCUCGCUGGACAGCCUGCUGGAGGCGGUGGAGUCCCGCGGGGGGAUGCCCGGAGGCUGCGUCCUGGUGGCCCGCACCGAGGUGCGCCUGGGGGGCCUGGCGGCGCCCCCGCACCUCCUCCUGGGCAAGCUGUUCCGCUGGCCCGACCUGCAGCACCCCGCCGAGCUGAAGCCCCUCUGCGAGUGCCAGAGCUUCGGCGUCGCCGACGGACCCACCGUCUGCUGCAACCCCUACCACUUCAGCCGCCUCUGUGGGCCAGAGUCUCCACCACCUCCCUACUCUCGGCUGUCUCCUAAUGAUGAGCAAAAGCCACUGGAUCUAUCAGAUUCCACGUUGUCUUACACUGAAACAGAGGCUACAAACUCGCCCAACGUCACGCCCGGAGAUUUCUCAGAUGCCAGCACGUCGCCCGAUGCCGUGAAGAGGAGCCAUUGGUGCAACGUGGCCUACUGGGAGCACCGGACGCGCGUCGGCCGCCUCUACACAGUGUACGAACAGUCUGUCAGUAUCUUCUAUGACCUACCUCAAGGAAACGGCUUCUGCCUCGGACAGCUAAACCUGGACAACAGGAGCGAGACUGUGAGAAGGACUCGAAGUAAAAUCGGCUACGGGAUCUUGCUCAGCAAAGAGCCGGACGGCGUGUGGGCCUACAACCGCAGCGAGCACCCCAUCUUCGUCAACUCCCCGACACUGGACAUCCCCAACUGCAGGACCCUCAUCGUGCGCAAGGUCAUGCCGGGCUACUCCAUCAAGGUGUUUGACUAUGAGAAGUCCUGCCUCCUGCAGCACACGGCCGACCUGGAUUACGCAGACGGGCCCUACGACCCCAACAGCGUCCGGAUCAGCUUCGCCAAAGGUUGGGGGCCCUGUUACUCCAGACAGUUCAUCACGUCCUGCCCGUGUUGGCUGGAGAUCCUACUCAGCAACAAUCGAUAACGGUCGGCCCUCUGACUAAAGGAAAGACACACGGAAUUAAAACCCCCCCCCCAAAAAAAAAAAAAAAAAAAAAGACACAGACUAUCCCAAAUAUCAUCUACCUAGAUUUAAUAUAAAGUUUUAUAUAUUAUAUGAAAAUAUAUAUUAUACUUGUAAUUAUGGAGUCAUUUUUACAAUGUAAUUAUUUAUGUAUGGUGCAAUGUGUAUAUGGACAAAAAACAGAAAAUGCACUUUGGCUUAUAUAAUUCUUUCAAUACAGAUUUUUUUUUUUUUUUAAGAAGAAGAAAAAAAAAGAGAAAAAUUAUACAGCAAAAAUAGGAGAAAGCCCUAAUUUUUGAUGUAUGGUUUUUUUGAAAUAUUAUUAAUACCCAGACAAAAAGCUAAUACCAGUCACUCAUUGAUAA